AUGUCAAUUACAAAGACUGAAUUAGACGAUAUAUUACCAUUGGUAGCUAGAGGUAAGGUUAGAGACAUAUAUGAGGUAGACGCUGGUACGCUGCUGUUUGUCGCUACCGAUCGUAUCUCUGCAUAUGAUGUUAUCAUGGAAAACAGUAUUCCUGAAAAGGGCAUCCUGUUGACGAAACUCUCAGAAUUCUGGUUCAAAUUCCUGUCCGGGGACGUUCGUAACCAUUUGGUUGACAUUGCUCCAGAGAAGACAAUCUUCGAUUAUCUGCCCGCAAAAUUGAGCGAACCAAAGUACAAAGCCCAAUUACAAGACCGUUCCCUGUUAGUUCACAAACAUAAACUAAUCCCAUUGGAAGUAAUUGUUAGAGGUUACAUCACCGGAUCUGCUUGGAAGGAAUAUGUAAAAUCAGGUACCGUGCAUGGUUUGGAGCAACCACAAGGACUUGAAGAGUCUCAAGAGUUCCCAGAACCCAUUUUCACACCAUCAACCAAAGCGGAACAGGGUGAACAUGAUGAAAAUAUCUCCCCUGCUCAGGCUGCUGAAUUGGUGGGCGAAGAGUUGUCUCAUAGGGUGGCAGAACUGGCCAUAAAAUUAUACUCCAAAUGCAAAGAUUAUGCAAAGGAGAAAGGCAUUAUCAUUGCCGACACCAAAUUCGAGUUUGGUAUUGACGAACAGACUAACGAGAUCAUCCUGGUAGACGAAGUGCUGACUCCAGAUUCCUCUAGGUUUUGGAAUGGUGCCUCCUACAAGGUAGGAGAAUCCCAAAAUUCCUACGAUAAGCAAUUUUUAAGAGACUGGCUCACGGCCAAUAAGUUGAACGGUGUCAACGGUGUCGAAAUGCCCCAAGACAUUGUUGACAGGACAAGGGCCAAAUAUAUAGAGGCCUAUGAAACAUUGACAGGCUCUAAAUGGACUCAUUAA